AUGAUAAACAGCAUGACUUCUUCUUCUUCGGAUAUCGAGAAGGUUAGAAACAUUUCAUCCGAAGUCUCAAAGACUGACUCGGACGCCAUUGCCAUCGGUAAGAACAUUCAAGAAGUUUACGCCGAUGAUGACUAUAUCACUUUAGGUCCACAUACUUACAGACGUACUGAUCUUUUAAACGUUUUGAAACCGAAUGAUGGAACAAACCCUUAUGUUAAUGCCUACCCUCCAGCACCUUCUAAUAGAAGAGUUCUAGGUAAUCCUGUCCCAUUAGGAUUAGCUUCUUUCUCUCUAUCCUGUUUGACUUUAUCUCUAUGUAAUGCUAACGUUCGUGGUGUCACAAACGUUAAGGUGUUAAUCAGUUUAUUCAUGUUCUUUGGUGGUGCUAUCGAAUUAUUUGCAGGUUUGCUAUGUUUUGUCACUGGUGACACUUAUGCAAUGACUGUUUUCAGUUCCUUCGGUGGGUUUUGGAUUUCUUGGGGUUGUAUUAAUACUGACCAAUUCCAUAGUAUUACAGGUUAUGGUGACGACACUACAAUGUUUGAUAAUUGUGUAGGUUUCUUCCUUGCAGGUUGGACCGUAUUCACCUUUUUGAUGUUGAUGUGUACUUUAAAGAGUUCAUGGGGUUUAUUCCUAUUGUUGUUUUUCCUGGAUUUAACUUUCUUAAUGCUAUGUAUUGGUUCUUUCAUUAAUGACAAUAAUGUGAAGAUGGCCGGUGGUUAUUUCGGUAUCUUAUCAAGUUGCUGUGGUUGGUAUUCAUUGUAUUGUAUGGUAGUUAGUCCUGAGAACUCAUAUAUUAAUUUGAAUGCAGCCAUGAUGCCUCAUGCUCCAACUAUUUAA